UCAAGAGAAAAAGGAAAGCUACAAAAUUAUCGCUGCGGCGAUGAAGUGAUAUCUAAUCAACAAUAAUAACGCACAUUUAAAUGAUUCUGAAAUAAAGAGUGCCUUUACUUCUGAUUCUAUUGAGACUAAUUUGGUUGUUUAGUAAAGUUUAUUUAAGAGAGAAAAUGUCGCUGUUGCUGGGAUACUGUUGCUAAGAUACAGAGAACCGCCAUUCCUGCGCGUCGGUGAAACUUAAGUCCGUUUUUAGUCGGUGUUUUCAGCGUGUUUUUAACGGUCUGUCGGUCUGCGGUGGGCACAGGAUGGAGAUCGUCCAUGUUUACACGAAGCUCCGCAGUGAGUUUGGCCGGCAGUGUCUCUUCUCCGACCGGCUUGCUCAGCUGCUGGUGGACGUUCCUCCGGACCCGAGUCUGGCUCUACAGUUCAUCCAGAAAAGCCCCCGGGACCAGGCCCUGCAAGCCAGCCGGGACAUGUCCGAGCAUCAGGUGAAUACGGAGCGUUUUGAGUCUGAGAGCUGUGGGAUAAACCACAUGGAGGGGGGGUGGCCCAAAGACAUCAACCCUCAGGACAUGGAACAGACCAUCCGCUUCAGGAAGAAGGUGGAGAAGGACGAGAGCUACAUCAACAGCAUCCUACAGCUGGGCAGCGUUAUGGAGCACUGCAUCAGACAGAACAGUGCUGUGGACAUCUACCAGGAGUACUUUGAGGACAAGGAGGAGGUGGAGGAAAAUCAGGAGACGCCAUCCGCGAAGACCAUCAACGUCUUCAGAGAUCCCAACGAGGUGAAGCGCACCGUCACCGGCCUGUCGUGGCAUCCUGACGGCGGCAGGAAGCUGGCAGCUGCCUACUCCUGCCUUGAGUUCCAGAAAACCUCAGCAGACAUGAGCCUGGACUCCUACAUCUGGGACAUCGAGAACCCAAACAGACCAGAGAUGACUCUGAAGCCAGCGUCUCCUCUCGUCUGUGUGGACUACAACCCCAAAGACUCCCACACUCUGGUGGGAGGCUGCUACAAUGGACAGAUAGCGUUCUGGGACACCCGGAGAGGCAGCCAGCCGGUGGAGUUUUCCUCUGUGGAACAGAGUCACAGAGACCCUGUCUACAAGAUCAUCUGGCUGCAGUCCAAGACCGGGACAGACGCCUUCUCUGCCUCCACUGAUGGACAGGUUCUGUGGUGGGAUGCUCGUAGGCUGAGUGAGCCCACAGAGCGUCUGGUUCUGGAUCCAAGCAGAGAGGGGAACCUGGACCGAGCUUUAGGAGCCAUCUCUUUGGAGUUUGAGUCCACCAUGCCGACUAAAUUCAUGGUGGGGACGGAGCAGGGUGUAGUCGUCUCCUGUAACAGGAAGGCGAAGACUCCAGCCGAGAAGAUCGUUUGUAUGUACGACGGUCACCAUGGGCCCGUCUACGCUCUGCAGAGGAACCCCUUCUUUCCCAAAAACUUCCUCACCGUGGGGGACUGGACGGCUCGCAUCUGGUCUGAGGACAUCAAGGAGUCAUCCAUCAUGUGGACCAAGUAUCAGAUGUCCUUCCUGAUGGACGCCUGCUGGAGUCCAGUCAGACCAUCCGUCUUCUUCACUGUAAAGAUGGACGGUAUGCUGGACGUCUGGGACAUCCUGUUCAAACAGAACGACCCCACGCUGAGUCUCAAGGUGUGUGACGAGGCCCUGUACAGCCUGCGGGUUCAGGAUCACGGCCGUCUGGUGGUGUGCGGCUCUCGGCAGGGGACAGCCACACUGCUGGAGAUGUCCUCCGGACUGUCGACCCUCCAGAAGAACGAGAAGAGUCUGCUGGCCGCUAUGUUUGAGCGAGAGACGAAGCGAGAGAAGAUCCUGGAGGCCCGACAAAGAGAAAUCCGUCUGAAGGAGAGGAGUCGAUCGGAGCAGAGCCGAGAGGAGGACGCGGGACGGGAGGACGGAGAGGACAGUCAAGAUCAGCUGAUUGCCCGAGCUGAGAAAGACUUCUACAGCGUGGUGGAGACGGAGCUGAGGAGGAGGAGGGACAGGGAGGAGCAGGCAAACCGGGAGAAAGACGUCUGUGAAGAGAAGGAAGUCAGAGACGAAGCAGAAACCUCAGAGACUGAAGUGUCACAGUGAAUUCAAACGUUUCUGUUUGGUGAGAACAAACUGUGGCAUAAACUUUAAUAAAAUCUGUAGGAGCAAA